CCAGGCAUUCUAGAAAGCCGCCGCGGCGCCGCCACCUCAGCACCAAUGAGGAGACUCGGUCCGGCUGCCCAGUCCAGUCCAGCCGACCAGGUAGACGACGAUGGAGACAACCUCAUCCCCUUUGCCAAGUGCUCGAGGGUGGUCAGCCGACCUGCGCCAAGCCGCCCGCCCGCCCGGAGCCUCACGCUGCUGCCCCAGCGGUACGGAGCCGUCUUCUGGGAGAGCCUUAGCCAAAGGCCCAGUCCCACCUGGACGGAAGAACAGAACGUUCCUUCCCUGCUGAGAGCCGGGUGCUCGCAGCCUCAGCCGGGCCUCUACUCCCUUGAGGGGCUCCCACCCCCUGAGGUGCUCUGCAGAAGGAAGAGGAGGAGGCCACCUUUGGCGGGAAUGCAGCAGGGACCUGCUGGCACCCCGGCCCAAGUGAGGGCUGUCACUUAUCACCUGGAGGACCUAAGGAGGCGGCAGAGAGUCAUCAAUGAACUGAAGAAGGCCCAGUGGGGCGACGUGGGGGCCGCACCUGAGCCCCUGGCACCCGCCGCUGCCGGCUGCGGAGUCCCCAGCACCGCCGAGGACCCGGGCCUGGAGGAGGCGAGGGCGGCCCAUCCACAGGAGGGGGGCCGCCAUGCCACCGCUGCCAGGGCCCAGCUGCUCUGGUCGCCCUGGAGCCCCCUGGGCCAGGGGGGGGCCGGGGUCCCCAGACGACUGGGCUCUCUGGCCUCCUACAGCACUGUCCCAGCGGCCAGCAACCGCCUCCACGCCCCCUGGGGCGCGGAGGUGCAGUCCGAAGAGUAAGGAGGGACCCUCAGGCCCUAGGUGCCCGCGCGCUGCCUGGGGGGCGGGGGCUCGCUGGCAGACCCGGAGCCCCCCCUUGUGACGCCGGGGCCUUAUCCCUUCCGCAGCCUCUGCCAGCUACCUCCCCGCGCCUGGCACUGGGCGCUAACAGCCCCCUUAGCCGCCCGUGUCAAGCCACCCCCACAGGGCUCCCCACUGCCUGUCUCCCCGCCGCCCCGCCGGCUGGCACUGUGUUCUUUGCUCUGCUCGGGUAUUAAAAAGCAAGCGCGUU